AUGGCUUCCGCGCCACAGAUCCCGCUCAUGCCGUCCUCGCCAACCUUCGGAACCACGCACAACGUCCUCGACGCCAUCAUGGCUGCCGAUUUUGAGAAACAGAGCUACUGGCACGAACGCUUCUCGACCGAAAAGGCCUUCGAAUGGCUUCUCCCGUCGGUUGAGUUCAUGUCGUUGAUCAAGCCUGUCCUCGAUCGGCUCGACCCGGCAACGGCCCGCAUCCUCCACAUCGGCUUCGGCACAAGCGAUCUCCAAAAUCACUUCCGCUCCCGGGGUUUCCGCAACGUCUUGAACGUCGACUAUGAACCGCUUGCUAUAGAGCGAGGACGCGACCUCGAAGAAAAAGCUUUCGGGGAUAUCCAGAUGCGUUAUGAUGUUCAAGACGCUACUCAGCUGGAUCUGAGUGAAAGAUUUGACCUCAUAAUCGAUAAAAGCACGGUCGAUGCUAUUUGUUGUGGUGGUGUAACUGCGCUGCGCCGUAUGAUUGCCGGCAUUAGAAGCUGCCUUGCAGAUGGUGGUAUUUGGAUCUCGUUAAGCUUUUCAGAGUUCAGAUUCAAUCUCGGUGAUUUACCAUUCGACGUGCAAGUCCUUGCCAAAGUUCUAACGGCUAAAAUACACCCAAAUGACCCAGACAUUUACCACUGGUGUUAUCUUCUACGCCCGAGAUACGAUACGCCCAUGGGUUCGCCGUCGGACAUGAACGAGAAGCCUCCUGAAGAAGGCUAA